AUGGAAGUUUCACCUACCGCGGCCAACGUUGGGGAUUUCGCUAUCUACCUGCCGCCAUUUAUUCGGUCCCGACCCGACCUAUGGUUUCCACAGGCGGAAUCGCAAUUCUCCUUAGGCGGCAUCACUACCCAAUCGAUUAGGUACCAUCACAUCUCGUCCGUCGUUUGCGAGGACGUGCUACUCGAGGCCAGCGACGUCCUCAGCUCACCUCCAUUAGAAGAUCCCUACGACGCCCUUAAGCGUGCUAUUAUCAGCAUAGUUCAUCCUUCCGAUCGUCAGCGGCUGCACGAGCUCUUCUCAAAGGAGCCCUUGGGAGACCGCAAGCCUUCACAGCUCGUCAGACACAUGAAACAAAUCCUCGGAACGGCUCCUUUUGACGACAAGCUCUUUCGUGAGCUCUUACUCUCAAAACUUCCUCAUGCCGUCCAGCUGGCACUGUCUGUUCCGGAAGAGACCUGUAUUGCGGCCGUGGCUACGCGAUGA